AAACAAAAGCAAAGCUGAUGAGGUAACCGAAAGGGAAAAAAAGACCUUUUAAUUUGCUAGCUUCCUUUCUUCCCUAGUCUCUCUCUCUCUCCUCCACCCACCUCUUCCCCAAUUCAUCACCUUCCUUAAUUACAGAGAUAUCACUUCGCAUCUUCAUCGAUUGUUGCACUUCACCUAUGUUAGCCAACAACUCAUCCCCCUCAGUUCCUUGUUCCGAGCCUUUUUCUUGCUUGGAAAAUGGUAACAGCAACAAAAGGAAAAGAAGGCCUGCAGGAACUCCAGAUCCAGACGCGGAGGUAGUGUCGCUGUCGCCGAAAACGUUACUGGAAUCGGAUCGUUAUGUAUGCGAGAUCUGCAACCAGGGGUUUCAGAGGGACCAGAAUCUGCAGAUGCACCGGAGACGUCACAAGGUGCCCUGGAAGCUUCUGAAGAGAGAGACUCCGGUGGUGAGGAAGCGGGUGUUCGUGUGCCCCGAACCGAGUUGCCUGCACCACGACCCGUGCCACGCGCUGGGUGAUCUGGUUGGGAUUAAGAAGCACUUCAGAAGGAAGCACAGCAACCACAAGCAAUGGGUUUGUGAGAAAUGCUCCAAAGGCUACGCAGUUCAAUCUGACUACAAAGCCCAUCUCAAGACCUGCGGCACCCGAGGCCAUUCUUGCGACUGUGGCCGUGUUUUCUCCAGGGUUGAGAGUUUCAUUGAACACCAAGAUGCCUGCAACAUGGAUCGUCUACGAUCGGAAUCUCAAGCAGUAGUACUACAAACGCCGGCAUGCCUAUCAAGAACGGCUUCGAGUCCAAGUCCUUCGAGCGAAACCAAUUUCAGCAGCAGGACUACUACUCCUAACUGGCCUUCAGCUUCAGCUUUGAUGGUGCCGAAGCCGGUUCAUGACAACACCAAAUUGAUCUUAAGUAGUCCUCCUGCUGGCCACGGUAUCGGUGAUCGGAAUCGAAACUCAUCCAAGAAUGUCAAUGCAAACAGCUUGUACAAUUUGGAUCUUCAGCUUGCGACCACGUCAAAUGCUAGCAAUCCUAGCCAUAUUGAAGUCUCGGUUUCUUCCCCAUCUAAGAGAGACGUGGAAAACCAUUCUACUCAGCUCCAGCUCUCAAUCGGAUCGUGUGACAAUUUUGGUGAUCAUCAUCAUCAUCAAAAGAAUAUUAAUAUCGAAUCAAACAGAAACUCUCCGAGGGAAAGCAGCACUAGUACUAAUGAGCAUCACCACCAACAGAUGAUAUUACCAGCAGGUGAAUCAUCAACAACAUCUAGGAUAAUUAAAGAAGAAGCACGAGAGCAGUUAAGGCUUGCCAUGGCGGAAAAGGCUUACGCCGAAGAGGCGAGACAGCAAGCGGAGCAGCAGAUUGAGCUAGCGGAGCAGGAGUUUGCAAAUGCCAAGAGAAUAAGGCAACAAGCACAAGCUGAAUUGGACAAGGCGCAAGCUUUGAAAGAGCAUGCCGUUAAGAAAAUCAACUCCACCAUUCUGCAAAUCACUUGUCACGCGUGCAAGCAACAAUUUCAAGCUCGAACAAGGCAAGCAAACCCUCAUGAGAACUCUCUGGCGUUCAGUUACAUGCCAUCGGCUUUAACAACAACAACAGAAGGUGACCAGUUAGAGAUCAAUGCUACUGCUACUCGGAUGGACGAUCGAGCAGAUUCAUCUGUUAACCCGUAAUAGGUUUCCUCCAUCUCUAUGUAAACCUAUUCUUGUUUUCCUUUAUUUUUCUUUUAUUGGAUAUGAUAUAUAUUCUGUAUGACAUAUAACAAUAACAAGCUUGUUAUUGGGAUAAUAUUAGGCUGAGGAGACUAAUACGU